GUGCAACACUUAAUUGAAAUCAAAUUCAAUGUAGUAAAUCAAAAUAAAUCAACCAACAUAAAUUUUUAAUAUUUUCAUAUUAAUAAGUAACAAAUUACUAUGUCAUCACAAACACUAAUAUAACGUAGUUUUAGUAAGAAUGUGUGUCAAUACCAUCUUUUAAUAAUUAGAUUUGGCAUUGUAAAAGUAAAGUGAAACUGUAACUUGUACUCAGCAAUAAUUUGUAAAUUGUGAAAUAAUGGAGUCAUUAUCGAAACAAGAGUUGAUAUCGACGAUUACUAAACAAGCGGACCAAAUUAAGCGUUAUGAAGCUCGAUUAAGAGAUGUUGUUGCUGCAUACAAAGGGCUUGUUAAAGAAAAAGAAGCUUUAGAAAUAAGUUUGAAGGCAUUGAACAAGACAGAGUCUCCAAGUGAAGGAGAUGACUCUGUGGCAGCACUUACCGUGUCUCUAUCUACGCUGACAGCAGAGAAAGCUCGUAUGGAGGAAGCUUUUCAAGCUGACAAAAAAGUUACAAGAGAUAAGUAUGAGAACACAAUUGCAGCAUUAAAAGAGGAAACAAAAACACUAGUGCAGCAACAUUUGGCUGAAAUAAAUAGUCUUAAAGCGAAGAUAGGCUAUGAGAUACAAGAAAGAGAGAAUGAGAGGGCUGAUCACAUGGCCAUGAUGAAGGAAUUACACGUGAAGUUGAAUUCAGAAAGAAAAACCAAGGAGAAAUUAGAAGAUAAAGUUGUUAACUCCUCAGAGAGUCAAGCAUCACAAGCAGAGUUGGAGAAGCGCGUCCGGGACCUGAGCAGUUCUUUAGAAGCAGCUCAGCGUCGUCUGCAGCGCGCGGAGGCUCGUACAGUGGAGACACCCGCACUGCUGGUGCGACUGCAACAGAAAUUAGCGCUCCUCGAGCAGUCUCACUCCAUUGCUAUUAGAGAGGAGCAAAUAAAAGCGAAACGUUGCGAGGAAGCGGCCCGCAAGAGUUGUGCUCGACAAGAAGAACGCGUGGCGUCGCUCGAAGGUCGCGUGGCGGAGUUGUCUCAUACACUCGGACAAUAUGCAGCCGCGAGACGCAAUGACCGCGACACCAUACAGCGGCUCCAGCAAGCGCUUAACGGUGGCUUACUGCGAGAUAUAGCGCCUAACGAAACUCCUACUACUGCUGACGAGCCACAACAAAAAAGCGAGACGGACAAUGAAAAACUAGCUGACAGUGAAUAUCUACACACACUGAUAGACAAAAUACAUAUACUAAAGAAAGAACUGAUAGCUGAAAACGAUAAAUUAGGAAGUCCCAUCGAUAUUACUACAGUAUUCAAAGUAGAUGGGUAUGAGAACAUUCACAUCAAGUGUAGAGAGGAAUUUGAUGUUCUUAAAACAGAGUUUGAGAUGUAUAAAGUACAAAAUUCAAAGAAAACCGUACAUGUUGAGGAAAGCGAGGUAGAUGAUUUGAAGAGUGAGAUAGUUGUGCUGAAGGAGAAGUUGGAAACGUAUAAAAUGUUGCUAGAUGAAAAUAAACAAGAUAAAGUGGAUACUCUAAAGUUAUAUGAGGAGAAAAUGAAGAGUGAACAAGAUUACUACAAGGAAGUGAACUCAGACCUGAAGACGAGGGUGCAGAGUUUAGAGAAACAGGUUCAAACACAGAGGGACCGGUACGCUGCUCUAUUGGAGGAGACGGACAAUUAUAUUCGGGCCAGAAACGACCGCUCGAGGAAGGUCAGCGUGGAAGACGGUCAUUGGAAAGAGGGGAUGUUAACAGAUGUGACAGCACCGCCGCAUAUGUUGCACUAUGCGCACGAGUUGGCUAGAAAAGAUCUGGAUAUAUCCCAACUGAGGAAGGAGAAACAUACACUAGAAGGACAAUAUAGAGAUUGCCAGCGUGAAGGGACCAUUGAGAAGGAACGGUUUAAAGAAGUUAUAAGGACAUUAAAAGAAGAGAUUGACAGAUUAAGAAGAAUACAGUCCCGCGAAGGUGCAAAUCUGGAAUAUCUCAAGAAUGUAGUGAUGGCUUAUCUAAUGUCGACGGACUAUGACGGCCGCAAGCAUAUGUUGAACGCUAUAGCUGCAGUACUGCACUUCACGAACACGGAGAGGAAGCUAGUUAUGUCUAAUUUAUAAAUCAACUAGUUUAUACCUGCGACUUCGUCUGCAUUCAUUGAGUUAAUUAUAAUAAUAAUAACAAUAAUCUCAGGACAAUUCACA